ACUGAGUGGGGGGAGGACACACACACACACACACACACACGCACACACGCACACACAGAGAGAGAGGAGCAACAGCAGUAGGAACAUGGCGGCGCCGCUCAGCUCUCGUGCUCUUCCCCCGAGUCCAAGGUCAGAGCCAGAGCUCACGCGCAGGAUUUAAGCUGAAACUAACUACUGCAACUCGCGCAUCUUAGAGAGUGAAGCUGAUGAUGCAUAUAGAUUCCCACCGCUGCAAGAAUGGCCUGAGUGUGUGUGUGGACUGAAACUGAGUUGCUGGCAUGUAUUAAAAUGAGCGGCAUAGGGGAAAACUCAUCUGACCCUGCUAGGGUCGAGGCUCAGAAACGCAAAGACUGCUCAUCAGAGCUCUUGGGUCCAAGCCCCAAGCGGAGCACCGAGAAACGAAACCGUGAGCAGGAGAAUAAAUACAUUGAAGAACUCGCCGAGCUGAUCUUCGCCAACAUCAACGACAUCGAUAACUUCAACGUCAAGCCUGACAAAUGUGCAAUCCUGAAAGAAACUGUGAAGCAGAUCCGUCAAAUAAAAGAGCAAGAGAAAGCAGCUGUGUGCAGCGAGGACGAGGUGCAGAAGGCCGAUGUCUCGUCCACAGGCCAAAGUGUUAUUGACAAAGAUGCCCUCGGACCAAUGAUGCUGGAGGCCUUGGAUGGCUUCUUCUUUGUGGUGAACAUGGAAGGGAACAUUGUGUUUGUGUCAGAAAAUGUGUCCCAGUACCUGCGCUACAAUCAGGAGGAGCUUAUGAACACAAGUGUUUACAGCAUUUUACACGUAGGAGACCAUGCAGAGUUUAUCAAGAACCUGCUUCCUAAAUCACUCGUGAACGGCGUCCCGUGGUCGAGCGAGGGCUCCAGGAGGAACAGUCACUCGUUUACGUGCCGCAUGCUGGUGAACCCAGAGGAAGCACAGGAGCAGGAGGCACAGAAAUAUGAAACCAUGCAGUGUUUCACUGUCUCAGAGCCCAAAUCCAUUAAAGAGGAAGGAGAGGAUCUGCAGUCGUGUCUGAUCUGUGUAGCAAGGAGAGUACCUAUGAAGGAGAGACCAAUGCUCCCCACACACGAGAGCUUCACCACACGGCAAGAUCUCCAAGGGAAGAUCACGUCAUUAGACACCACCAUGUUACGAGCCUCUAUGAAGCCUGGUUGGGAAGACUUAGUCAGGAGAUGUAUCCAACGCUUUCAUCUACAGAACGACGGAGACAUUUCAUACGCCAAACGUCACCAGCAAGAAGUAUUGAGACACGGCCAGGCGUUCAGUCCCAUCUAUCGGUUCUCCCUCUCUGAUGGAACCAUCGUCUCGGCACAUACCAAGAGCAAACUCGUCCGCUCUCCAGCCACCAAUGAGCCGCAGCUUUACAUGUCGCUACACAUUCUCCAGAGAGAGCCGACUGUAUGUGGCAUGGCACCUGACCUGGGCAAGCCCAUGACCCCACUGACCACAAUGACCUCACCUAACCCGAUAAGCGGAAAUCCUCAAGGUCAGGAAGGUGUCAUUAGUAGCAACACACCUGCUUUCUCGUCUCCAGCAGCCCAUAAAGAUUACCGUUUUGGCUGCCCAGGCACCAAUCAUAGCCCUGGAUACCAACUGAAAAUGAACAGCCCAUCGCAUCGCCCCAGUCCUGGGGUAACCAGCUCCCCCCGUUUACCCCCAGCCCAGUUUACCCCCACCAAUCCCCUCCAUUCACCUGCAGGCAUGUGCCCAGGCAACAGCAGUAAUCAAGUGUUUACUAGCAGUUCUCUUAAUGCCCUUCAGGCUCUCAGUGAGUGUCAGUCCAUUUCCCGGAGCCAUUCUCUGGGGUCACCUGAUCCCAAAAAAUUUGAAUCACCAGUUUCAGGAGGAGUUGGUUCUCAAGCAAUGCCCAAAAUUGAGUCUUUCGGGGAGUCUGAGCAAAGUGGAAACGGGCAUGAUGGCCAUGAAGGCGACAACACCGGGCAUCAAAGGGAUGAAAAAGGCAACCUGAGUCAGUUCAACAGCUCGGACGAAAAUAAGAUCCAUGAAAGCAAAGGGCACACAAAGCUCCUCCAGCUUCUCACCACUAAAAACGAAAAUAUGGAGUUAUCCUCCUCACCUUCACCAGCGCCCGAGAAAGAACUAAUGACCGGGCAUCAACUGGGCAUGUCAGGAACCAGUGCCACGUCCUUAAAAGAGAAGCACAAAAUUCUUCACCGGCUCCUGCAGAACAGCACGUCGCCGGUGGACUUGGCAAAGAUCACGGCCGAAGCGACAGGGAAAGAACCAAGCCAUGACGGGUCCAACGUGACCGACAUCAUCAAACAGGAAGCCGUGAGUCCGAAAAAAAAGGAUAACGCCCUUCUGCGCUACCUGCUGGACAAUGACGAGAACACGGUUAAGGACAAGGCAAUAAAGACAGAGACAGGAGAGAUUAAGGUGGAGGGGAAUAACAUGGUCACUGUGAAGAAGGAGAAACCCGACGGAGGAUACGAGCAGGCAGAGCAGUCCAGCGAGCUGGAUGAUAUCCUGGACGACCUGCAGAACAGUCAGCCGGGUUUUUUCUCCGAAGCUCGUCCCAUGUCACUGCCAGCUGCCGUCGAUAAACAGGCAAUCAUCAAUGACAUUCUGCAGAUCACAGGAGAAGGUGGAGUUCAGCACAGAGCAGUACAGAAUUUCAGUGGCCCGAGGCUCCCGGGUCGAGUUCCUCCAAUGCGGAGCAUGUCUUUGGACAUGAAUGCCUCAGCUAAAGGUUCGCCGGGUCAGUUUGCAAUUAUGAGGAACACCACUCCAUAUUCACUCAUCCAACAGCAGCAGCAUGGAAUGAUGGGAAAUCAGGGCAUCAUGACCAGCCAGGCCAACAUGGGUGAUGUAUGGACGUCUCAGGGUGUGAACGGUUCCUCCCCUCAGGGGGCAUUGCAGGGACGCAUUGUGCAAAAUACAAACAUGCCAAUCAGACCCGGCAGUCAACAGGGAGUCAGGCCCAUGCUGCAGGGCCAGAUGAUGCCCAGUGCUCAGGCUAUGGAAAUGGACAUGAGUCUGCCAGGCCCUACAUUUCCACAGCAACAGGCUCCGCCCAAUCAGACGGCUCCACCCAAUCAGACAGCUCCAUGGCCUGACAGCAUGAUGCCCAUUGAGCAGGUGGCAUUUGGAGAUCCUAACAGGUCCCUGUAUGGUACAUCACAGGAUGAUGGGCUGUGUGCAGCUGAAGGACCUGCUGAUGAAGGUGCUUUACUUAAUCAGCUCUACACUGCCCUCAAAGACUUUGAUGGACUGGAGGAGAUCGAUCGAGCUCUGGGCAUUCCAGCACUUGUGGGACAGGCACCGUCAUUAGAACCGGAGAUGUUCCCAGGUCAGGAUCAAAACCUGCUGAUGGACCAGAAGCCCCUUUACCCUCAACAGCAGUAUGCUGCUCCACCUUCCCAUAACACAGCGGGAGGCUUCGCUGCGAUGCAGGAUGCUGGUUACCAUGGCAUCGGGGCAGUCGCAGGGCCAAGGCCAGGAUUUCCCAUGAUCCGCAUGCAGCCCAGACCAGUUCUCCGGCCACCUGGGAGUGUCCCAAAUCAACCUAACGCACUCAGACUGCAGCUGCAGCACAGAUUACAAGCACAACAGAAUCGCCAGCCAAUGAUGAAUCAGAUGACUGGAGUGUCAAACAUGAACCUACCUCUAAGACCCAACGUACCGAAUCAGGGGACCAUUAACGCUCAGAUGCUUGCACAGCGUCAGAGGGAGCUGCUCAGUAAUCAUUUGCGUCAGCGGCAGCGCAGCAUGGGCAUGCGACCACCCAACAUGGCUGCCGGCACCAUGGGUAGCACCCAGAUCGCCCAUGGCAACCCUACCCACUUUCCCUACACGCCCAACUACGGAAUAUCUCAGCAGCCUGACGGUGGGUUUGGAGGUGCAGUGACCCCUCAGAGUCCCCUUGUGUCCCCUAGAAUUGGUCACGCCCAAAGCCCCAUGAUGCAGCAGGGUAAUGCCACAUUUCAAUCGUCUCCAGAGAUGAACGGUUGGACGCAGGGCAACAUGAACGCCAACAGCAUGUACACACAGCAGGCCAGCAGCGGUGUGUAUAACAAUAACGGCAUGAGCAUGAACGUCACCAUGACUCCCAACACCAACAGCAUGAGCAACAUGGCUCAGAUGGGCACGGAGCAGCCAAAGUAUUGUUGACCAGAAGUGGACAAAGCGUGAUUUCCACCAGCACGGGCCGAGAGCAAGUUUGUGCCCUUCAGAGUUUCUCUACACAUCCCCAGAGCCCUACAACUCCACUGUCCACUGCUGGAGGGAGAUCAUUUACACACACACACACACACAUGCACACACACACACGCAAACACACACACACACAAGAUUUGUUAUUUUGGAACUUUACUGUCCUUCAUUCAAAUCUGUGGAUCCUACAAACACACAGACACACACAGACACACACAGACACACACAGACACACACAGACACACACAGACGCACACAGAUGCACACAGAUGCACACACAUGCAUACACACGCACACACAGACACACACAAACACACACAAGCACACACAAGUCAAAGUCCAUUUGUUGUAUAUGUAUAAAAUCGCAUUCACCGUAGUGUGACUUAGCGUGACUCUCCUAUAAAUGGUGGCAUCAGGAUCCUGUGAAUGUAUUCUCAUUCUCUCAUUCUCUCUCUCUCUCUCUCUCACUCUGUCUCUUUCUCUCUCUCAGUGAACCUAAUCCACACACGUAUAUUCUCCUACUGUUCUAUCCCAUAGUCCCACACAAAUCGACGUUUAGCAGCUUUUGCCUUUUUCAUCUUUCUUUUUGUUUCCUUUAGAUUGAGAGUGACGUUAGAGAUUACAACUCUGCACAGAUCUAAAUGUUUUUCAGGCAGCGUAACGAUUUGUGCAAUCAGAUAUUAUUCUGUCCGGUGUGUCAAAGGAACAGUUCAGCCAGGAAUAAAAUGUACACAGUUUCCCCUUUUAUUCCCAAAUGCAGUCCAUCUAACAAGACCUGUUUUGUCUACAGAGUUUAUGGAGACAAAUGCAUCUUUAUCUCAGUGGAAAGACUGUCCAAAAAAAAAAAAGACAUAUUUUUAAAAUAAAUGAUUUUGUGUGAAAGCUCAUAAUAGUAUGUAGUUAAAAAUUUCUAUUCAUAUUUAUCUAUCCAGAGAAAGCUUUAACAGAACAGGUUUUAAGAAUAUUAUGCUGACUGUUUCUCUCUGCCCCCAAAAAAUAUUUGUGUUAAGAUUCCUACAACUUGAAAGGUUGCAACAAAGUUGUAGAAAUGUUAUCGAAUGUUACUAAAACAUUCUGCAUGAAAUGGACUAUCAUUACUCGAUAGCAACACUAACCCUAGAGCUCCAGUGUAAAACGAAAGAAACAAACAUUUUAGACAAAGCGUGUCUUGGUUGAUGAACUGCGUUUGAAGUAGUGCUGACAUAAUGUACAUUAAAACGUGUUUUAUUCUGAAAAGGUUCCUUUAAUUCUAUUCUCUUGUAUAGUGUUUUUUUUAAAAAUGUAGAUAUCUGUAAUGAGCUAGCGAUGAGAAGAAAUCCUGGAGUGAUGCAGUGAACUUCGCAUUUGCUUCUUCAGCUGUAUCACUUACUAUUUAUAAUUAAGAAAGUAUGAAUUUUGUUGCUGUAGCUGCAAAUAGAGCAAAUCAUGGGGGUUUUUUUGUGCUUAGCUGAUAGAUUGUACAUACCAAUAAUUAAAAAAAGAUAUAUUUAUUUUGGAUUUUCAGCUCUUCCGUUUUCCCCUCCAGCCUGGUCUUAACUGCUUCUUGAAUGUUUUUCACGUGUGUAAAUUUAAGUGUGUGAUUGCAUUUUUUUUUUCUUUUCUUUUUUUUUUCUCAAUUAUUUUUAUUUUAAAAUGCUUAGGGCUGGGCGAUAUGGGCAACACAUCAUAUCAUGAUACUCUCACAAUGUCUGAAAAAUUGUGGUUUGUUAAUAAAGUGUCUCUGGAAAAACAGCAGUGCAUUUGAAAAAAGAAAUUGAUAAAUAAUUUUUUUAAAGUAUUAUUUUCUAAAUCUAGCUGCUGAACAGGAUUUCGCUGUUUUUUUGUUUUUUUGUUUGAAAACCAGGAUUGAAAGAAGAACAAGAUUUCAUAGAAAUUCACUUACUGACAUGAGCAACAGUGGAGUCCGUGUCAUGAAAGCAUUACUACUUGUAUUAUCUCAUUGUGGUAUCGCCUGGCCCUGUCUAUGGUACUGAAGCAGAUGAAGCGGGUUAUUUUAGACUGUGUGUGUAUGUGUGUGUGUGAAAGCUCGCCGUGUGUACGGUGUACAGCUAAUUGCUUUUGCUUUUCAGCCUAUUAGAAUUAAAAACCCCAACACAGCCAUAAACAAAGCACUGACAUGUUGCUUUUGUCUGUCGUGUUCCAAAAAGACGAGCAAUAACUUGGUAAAUGUUGCUUUGUUUGUUUUGUAAUUUUGUACAAAUUUUGCUCUCCCAGUUUUUGAACCCAGUAUUAAGGAUAAACGUUUUUUAUUGUGGUUUCUAUUUUUUGGGGGGAAAAUACUACUAAUAAUGGGUAAAUCUCUAUGUUCCUCAGCGAUACACCGGUGUUAGUGUGGCAGCGCUGGACUUCAUGGUGGCUAUUCUGACCAACAGGGUCUGCAGAUCACUGAGUCCUUAUAUGUAAAUAAGAGUAGCUCUGAGUGGGUGUGUUCUUAGGGUAAGGGAAUGUCCAUCAAAUCUGAGGAAAAGUCUUUGGAACUCAUAUAUGCAUCACUGUACAUGCUAACCAGUUAGCUAAGGUAAAUAAAUAAUAUUAUGAAUAUAGUAAAAUAAUUAAUGAUCUAUUAGCCAACUAGCUAGCAUGGAAACAGUUUUAAGUGCAAUCUUAAAACUAAAUUUGAUGAUCUGGUGCUAAUCAGAAAUGAUCUUUUUAUUAGAUAUUAUUCAAAAUUGCAAGCUCAGAGAAACACCGCCAGUCUUGUGCCAAUAAUCUGUAUUACAAUAUAUUGUAUUUAUUUAGCACCGUAUUUGAAAAUCACUUUGUACUCUGCUUUGGGUGUUUUGUGGUUUUGGCUGAGUUAAAGCCUCCCUUACAAAUACACCAUAAAGACAGCUGUCUUAUAAUGUCCAUUAAUUUGGACAUGGUUUUAUGUAUCCUUCUCAGGGAAAGGCAAAUCCCAUAAUUUUGUUUAACCUGAAAUUUUGUCCAGCAUGGCUGUACCAGUGCAGAUCUUUGUUUGUUGGUACACCAAUCUCAUAAAUCUCUCUUUUCCCUUUACAUACACUGGUCCUUUCUGGUUAACACUUUCAAAUAACAUUUGGACAUCACUCAGUUUGGAAGUCCAGCGCUGUUGUCCUGCAGUGACACUUGGUCGGGAGUAGCCACUUCUUGAAUCCAAAGAUUGUUGCCAUUUUAAAUGGGUAUAAGCCAUGAGGUGGAGGCGCCGUGGGGUUUUUUAAAAAGCGUUUUUAUCAGCCACUUUACACCGACACAUGUAGUUUCUCUGUUGUGAAUGUCAUUGUGCUCUGUAGUCGGCCAGUAGCAUAGUGCUAUCUGCAGGAAGCUAAGAUGCUAAACGCUAUAUGUUGCCUUAGACCUCAAUGU